CAGCACAGCAGUCUUUAACAGGGAAACUCUCUCUCUCUCCUCAGUUUGAGCUUCGGUGCGGCUGAGGACAGGAAGCUGCCUUCAGUGUUGCCUUGGAAGAAGAAGAAGAAGAAGAAGAAGAAGAAGAAGAAGAAGAAGAAGAAAAAGAAGAAGAAGAAGAAGAAGAAGAAGAAGAAGAAGAAGAAGGAACGAUGUCCCACGCUCUGCUUAGGAGGAACUCCAACAAACAGGGUCUUCAGACCCUCAUGAGGCUGACGGCUCAGAGGAGCGUGGAGGACGCCGAGGAGCUGGAGCGCGAGCAGCGCCGCAGAGCUCGGGAGACAUCGCGGCCCGGAGAGGCGUCCCCGGAGGACAGGACGCCGGCGGAGGACGGCAUGUCCCACGGCGACCCGAAGCCCAGCCGCUCUUUGGCUCUGGACGAGGACGAAGGCUUCAGCGACUGGACGCAGCGCCGAGAGAGACAGAGGCAGCAGCGUCUGCAGGAGCUCAGCCAGGGAGGCGAGGAGGACGAGGACGAGUACGCCGUUGACGGAGUCCGGGCCUCUGACCCGCUCCAGAGGCAGGAGCGCUUGGAAGGAGACGGACCCGGGGGGGAGCUGGAGAGGAGGAAGGAUCGGGAGGAGAAAGCCAUUGGAGCUGAGAGGAUGAGGAGGGAGGAAGAGGAGGACAUGAGGAAGAGAGAGGAGGUGAUGAUCGGGAGGAAGGAGGAGAGUCAAAGGCCGAACACAGAGCAGAACGUCCCUGAAAAGAGAACCUGUGGAACUCUUCAGGUGGAGAGAAGAAAAGAGGUUCAGAUCUCCUACACAUCCAAGGUUGUUCUUCACCAUGAGCCAAAAUCCGCCAACGGAGACGCCACCAAGGAGGAAGUGACAUCGCACAAGAACAUCAAGACGCAAAGGUCCUCCAGAGCCGUGGAGUCAGAGGAGGCGGAUACCAUCCUGGAGACGGAGCGCCGGCUGGAGAAGAUCCGGCAGGGCCUCCAGCAGAAGGGCAACCAGGAGCUGGAGCAGCUGAGGCACCGGCAGGCCGAGGCCGAGCAGGAGCUGGAGCAGCUGAAGAGGAGGCGCGAGGAGCGGCGGAGGGCCCGGGCCGAGGAGCAGCGGCGGAGGGAGGAGGAGGAGCAGCAGCGGCUGGCCCGGGAGGAGGAGGAAAGGAGGCGCAUGAAGGAGGACAUGGAGAGGAGGAGGAUGGAGGCGGCGGAGAGGAUGAAGUCCCUGAGCACGUCCAGCGUGGACGGAGACGAGGUCUUCAGUCCCUUCGGCCCCAAGACUCCAACCAACAAGAUCUCAGAGAGAACGGAGUCGCUGAGCCGCGCGCUGAAGAAAAGUCACAGCUUCAAGAAGACGCUCGUUCUGCUGCCAAAGAUGGACGACAAGAUGGAGCAGUACGCACACGCCGUGGAGAACUCCCAGGAGGUGCGUGCAGUGAAGGCAUCGCUGGCCGACCUGCCCAGCUCACCUGUAGUCGUCUCCUCCAAGAAGAACCUGUUUGAGGCGGGUGAAGCCUGGAGCCAGGGGCCCCCCAGGGGCCCCACCUGUAAGGACGCCGAGGGGCUGAAAGUGGGCGUGGCCAACCGGAUCACCCAAUGGGCGCUGGGUCCAUGUGACGGCGGUCGGCAGUCGCCGGGCAAACCGACAGAUGUGAAGCCCGGAGACGUGAUGCAGAAAAAGAACAUGUGGGAAGGUAUCGGAGACUCGACCGGACGACCGGACCAAACAGCCAAGAGCUCAGCAGCCGGUAAAAAGUACAAAUUUGUGGUCACCGGCCACGGAAAAUACGAGAAGAUGGCGGUGAACGGAGCGGACGGUUCAUAUCUUGAUGAUUACUAAGGCAUCUUCACAUCAGGUCUGUAAGAAGCAGCAAGACUCAUCAUUUCAUUUAUAUCCAAUAAAUACAUUUUUUGGACUCACUGUUGGAAGACUACAAACCGACAUGCAAAAUAUUUGAUCAUCAAAUGUCUAUUUUUGUUAAAUUUCCUCUUUGUAUCUCCGGACAUUCAGUUUUUUAUUAUGAUGUAUAUAUCUGACUGAGCUUUAAUGUCUGGGUAUUCUUCUCCUCUACAGUUAAUAGAUGAACCUUAAUGUCUGGUCCAUCCUUGUAUGAUGGUGUGUAGAAAAACCUUAAAGUCUUUGGAAUUUAAAAAGUUUGUAAUUGAUGGAUCAAAAAGUGUUAUAUUUUCUGUUCUGCACUUUUGGCUAAAGAACAAUCUGAAUUGUUGUGUGAUAACACUGAAAGUAAAAGGUCGCUUGUUACAGCCUUAGAAAAGAUGACAUUGUUUUGGCAUCUAUUACAUUUCAAAAACAUUCAUUACCUUCGUCUACUGCAGACGUUUCUCACUUUUAAUUUCAAUGUACUGAGAUAUCUGAUUGUAUGUGU